UGCAAAUUCCCAAUUCUUUUCUUUGCAAUGCAUUCUCCUUUUUCCUAUGCCUUUCCUCAGAGUUUCUCAAGUCCAUGCCUCAGGCUCAGAGUCUUGGUCUUCCCUUUUAAUAAACCCAAACCUCUUCACAACCUUCAUCUUCAUCCUCACUCUUCAGCUUCCUUACCCUCGCAACCGCCAUGACUCUUCCUCAACAAUUUAGCUCUGGACUCGUGCAAGCGCCGUUUGUUGCAAGCUCUGGCCUUCUUCUCAACACCUGGGGCGUUAUCUCUUCUCCUGUCGAAGCCAUCGUCGGGAGUCGAGCCUUGUCCUGGAAGCUCUAUCAAGAACCGGCUUCGGAUUUGACGGUUCUGGCGUUUCAGGUCGAACCGGAUUUCCAUCUUGAACCGGGUUUGGUUUCUUUUUCUGAGCUCAGGGGGAAAAAUUUCCGCCGCUUUGAGUUUCUGUGUAACAAGAAAAUUCUGGAUUUUAAGGUUAACGCCUCUGCGGUUUCGCUCUUAUCUGAAAAUAUUGAGAGGCUUGAUGAGUUGAAAUCCGAGAUUAAUGACUCUCCCAGAUUGAUUGUUACUGGUCAUGGUCUAGGAGGACCAAUUGCAUCUCUCUUCACUUUAUUGUUGUUAGAUAGCCCUGGUUUAGGAAAGAAACACCCUCUCUGCAUCACCUUUGGUUCUCCCCUUGUCGGUGACAAAAGUUUUCAAGAAGCCAUAUCACGUAGUUCUACAUGGAGUUCAUGCUUUUUACACGUGGUCUCUUACAAAGACCCGCAGCCAAAGAAAUUGAAGCCUGGCACCGAUGAUUACAUGCCUUUUGGCACAUUUCUCUUCUGUUCUGAUACAAAUUCUACUUGUUUUGAGAAUCCCCUUUCUGUUUUGGAACUUCUUGUGGUCUCAAUCGGCCAUCAAAAUCAAGGAUUUCAGCCCAUAGAUUAUGGAAACAUUGUGGAAAAUCUCUAUCGCAAAGCAAUUUGCAAGGACUUUACCCCACGGAUGCAGGACUUGAAUACUUCUAAUUCACUGCGUGCAAGUAUCUGUUUGCAGUUGUGGGCAGCACUAGGAUUAUUCGAUGUGCAGCAGCAACAACAGCAGAACAUUGAUAAUAAUACUUUGGCAACAAAGAUGGAAACACUGGAUAUUAGUCAGUUGCAACAUAACAUUGAUGUGAAUACUUUGGUAACAAAGAUGCAAAAACUGGAAGAGAAGUUCAUUUUCCAGAAGAAGAUUAAAUUUGAUCCAUCCAGGAAAUUGAAUGUAAUGAAGAGAGAUAUGGCCCAACUUGAAUGGUACAAGAAGGAUUCCAAGAAUCGAGAUAUUGGGUACUAUGACAGCUACAAGAGGAGUGUCUCAACAAGUGACCAAGAUGCUGUUAAGUUCCAGAAAAACCUCACAAAUUACUGGAAAGACAUGGUUGAGGAGGCAGAGAUGAAACCACAGAGAGAAGGUGCAGCUUUCCGCAUACGCUGGCUCUAUGCGGGGACUAACUACAGGAGAAUGGUUGAACCCCUGGAUAUUGCUGAAUACUACGCGAAUGGUGGUAAAGAUUAUAUCACUAACCAAAGAUCUAAACAUUAUAAAGUGUUGGAGGAGUGGGUGAAAGAAGGGAGGAGAAGAGAUUCAGGCGAUUCAAACAGAACAAACAGAACGAAUGUGGAAUUAAUUUUAACCUUUGAUUCUUGCUUUUGGGCACAUGUUGAAGAGGCUCUCCUUUUGUGCAAAGAGUUGAAAAGUGUACAAUCUAGCCUGAAAGAGAAGGAAGAGGCAACUAGGAAGUUGGUUGAUUUCGAGGAGUAUGUUUAUGGGUUGCUCAUGAAAUUUGAAGUGUCACCAGAGAUUUUCCUGACGGAAAGCAGCUACAUGACUUGGUGGAAUCAGUAUAAGGCAAUUAAAGGCAUUUCAUAUAAUUCAGCACUUGCAGGCUUCAUGAGCAAUCCUCGUCAUUAUGUUCAGUAUACUGAGGGAACUUAUGUUUUCCCUGAAGUACAGUGAAUGCCCCCGUGUGUUUGAGUAGUGUGCAAUAAUUUGUGGUUUCAUCCCACUGCACCCAUUUUAAUCUUUUUAUAUUUCUCUGUAGGAAUGUAUGUUAUAUCCUCCCUUGCGUUGUAAUAUUGGAAGCUCUUGCAAUUGUCUUUCGUUUGCCAACCUUGAUCGCAUUCUUCUUGGAAAUUUAUUUUGAGUGUAAUGGGUGCAGGCUACAUAGUAUCAACCUAAUCUAGAAGACUCUUGAGAAAUGGACUUCUCAACAGAUAUGGGAUUUAUUAGUUUAAUUUUGA